AUGCUCGCAUCGUAUUAUCUCGUCAAGUCUGCUGUUUGGAUGUUCAUCCAGCCCGCUUCCUCAAGCUCACUCGGGGGCAGGCUCCAGGAUCUCCUUAUCACCGGCUGGGGCCGAGCUGUGGCCGAGGUCCCUUGCGACGGCAAGCAGCCCGCUGCCAAGAGAACCAAUGUUAAGAACCCCCCUUCGGAUGGUCUCUACAUCGUCAAGCAGGUUUUUCUCAUUGGUCUGCAGUACUUCAUCUACGAUGCCAUGUUCUACAUGAUCAAGGUGGCCCGCAGCUUCACCAAGAGCGACCCCGACUCGUACUUUUGGAGGCUGGCCCUAGGCUACCUCUGUGGCCAAUUUGUGCUCUUCAACAUGGUCGUUGCCGGCCAGAUCAUGCACACCGUCUUGGUUCUCGCCUUCGGAACCCGCAACUCGAUGUUCGACGAGCUGUUCAUCAGCCCAAACCUCAGCUCGAGCCCGCGCGAUCUGUGGAGCCGCCGAUGGCACCGAGCCUUUCGAACGGUGUGGGUCAUGGUUGGGUUCAAGCCCGUACAUCAAUGGCUGCUGCCUCGCUUUGGCGAUCGAGUUGGAAGGGCCGGCGGCGUCUUGGCUGUCUUCUUGAUCAGCGGCGCCUGCCAUGCCUACAUCACCUCGGCCUCCUUCCACGACUACGAUCUGAUGUCGAUUCGGUUCUUUGUGCUCCAAGGCAUCGUCGUGAUCGUGGAAGAGCUCUGGAGGGAGACUUUGGCAUACCGGGCGCUCACUCAGUCGCUCCCGCCAUGGCUGCUGGAGCUCUCGGCCAUCGUGAGCAUGCACCUCUUCAUUGCCGUUUGCUCGCAGGACUUUAUCGGUCCGUACGAGCGCCAUCUGGUCGAAUCUGGACGGAUGCCGUUUUCUCUCGUCUCUGGCCUGCUCGAGGCCUAUCCGCAACAACAGGCCGUCAUCUGA